AUGCUUUCAUCAGGUGCUCUCUACACACUUCUCGUGCCAAAAAUUUGGGAUUAUGCUCAGCAAAAUAUUGUUAAUAUUAGUUCUCCUUCGAUAGGAAGUUCCUUGUUGGAAGUUUCUAACAAAAAUGUUCGGGAUGUCUCCCAUGUUUUAAAUGCACCUCCAACAAGCUUAUCAUGGAAUAAUGACGAUGUUGUCAACCAAAAAACACUACUUUUGGAAUUAUAUUUGGCUUGCAAUGUUAGAAAAAUUAUUUUGGAUUUGGAUAAAAAUUCUGUUCCUAAAGAAAUUAAUAUUUCAUUCUCGAUUGAUGAAAAGAAGAUUAAUUUUAAAAAAUUAACACGACUCAGAAGUACGGAUUUGAAAAGAACAAGGCCGUUUGUGAUAUCUUUCUCUAAACCUGUUCAAUUAAAAUAUUUGAAAUUCCAAUUCAAACUUUUGGAUGAGGAACAAAAUGGAAAAUGCAAACUUAAUUCUUUAAAGGUUUAUGGAACUCCAAUAUUGAAUAGUAAUAAUUUAUUUGAAUUAUAUCACAAAAACGAAGAUAAAUUAAAGGCCCUAGCUGGAAUGUUAGGUUUAAAGAAUCCACUUGGUGCACCAAACCAGCCACAAAACACGCAAGAAAAUGAUGGCACUGAUGAAAAGAAAGAAGCAGAGGAAGGGGUCACUAUUGAGAUACUUCCUGAUGGGGAGGAAGAGAAAAAACAACCAUACACCGAAUCACAUCCAAGUGAAAGAAGAUCUAAAUUAUAG